CUGGUGGGACGCCACAGUGGAAACUCGACUUCCAGCAUGGACGGCCUCUGCGUGCUGCUGCACGUGUCUGCCUCCUCACUGCUGCUUCUGCUGCUGGUCGCCACGGGCCCCGUCAGUUCCGAGACGUCAACGUGCAGAAUAGUAGACUGUCCCAACUUCAGAGCCAUACACUACUAUGAGGAGCUGGGUUGCGAACGCAGUGGCGAUUCCGACGACUGCUGUCCAACGCGCUUCGACUGCAGUCCACUUACAUCGCUGGACAAGACAAAGUGUCUCUACAAUGAGAAGCCAUAUGGUCACAACAGUAUCCUGUUCCAUGGAAAGUGGGGCGCACUCAAAUCUCCAUGCAUGCAAAUAUGUCGUUGCUACAUCCUUCCAGAAGGAAUCUGGAAGGGAGAAGCGAGGUUCUCUUGUGACGACACGAGAUGCUCUCACUUGACUGUUCCUGACGGCUGUUAUCCGACCUACAGUUUAGACCAGUGCUGUAGCAGUGGACAGAAGUGUGCGUCUGACGCCAACCUCACCGAAUGUGCAUAUAAAGGGAAGACGUAUCUGGAGGGACAGUUGAUUGAAGCAGCCAAUUCUGAGUGCAUGAAGUGUGUUUGCCAGGAGGGAUAUGACGGGACCCUGGAAGGGCCUUGGUGUCAGAGACGCAGCUGCGACUACAAUUUCUCGUGGACGCUUUCUGUGCUACGUGGGUGUGCGCCACUUUUCUACGAAGACGACAAGUGUUGUGCUGACGACUUCCAUUGCCCUUCCGCUGAGGAUAUUGUAGUGCGGCACUCAGAGAAUUCAACGACGAAUGAAGAUGAGCAGUGCUUGUGUGGAGAACACAGGCUGAAUAUUGGCGACGAACGUCUGGCAACUGACGUACACAGUAUCAAAUGCACGUGCGAGAUACCACCGUUUAUGACUUGCGUGAAGCCGUCAAUACCCAUCUUUGACCCAUAGCGAAGAAAUAAGAGAAAUGUAUGAAGCACACCUACUGAACGUCAGUCACAAACAACAAGGAUUCUGCGUCGUUGAGGAGCAAAUGUAACAACUGGUUGUAAUUAAG